UCCGCUUGAAGACAGACCCAACGAUGAGAACUUGACAGACUGCUUGUAGAGUGACAGAAUAUUCUUAGUAGACGAAACAACUGCUUUAGGAAAUUAUUCUAAAGGCUCUAGCAAUCCUGCGAUGUCUUUAAAGAAGGAGACUCCGUCUGACCAGCAGCUCCACCUGGCGGCACUCCAAGGAAACUUUGACCUCCUCAAACGUGUGCUGGACAGUGGAAAAGUUCACGUGGACUGUAAAGACAAGGAAGGAACAACUCCACUUAUACUAGCUGCAGCCAAUAAUCAUUUAGACUGUGUAAAAGAGUUAUUGAAACAAGGUGGAGAUCCUGCCGCUAGGAGACUGACGGGAACAUGUGCUUUAUUUUUUGCUGCCCAGGGUGGAUUCUUGGACAUAGUUAAAGUGUUAUUAGACAGUGGUGCACCGGUCGACAUCGCCAGUUAUGUAAGUAUCCAGCACUAGUGCUUAUAGCAUUAG